AUGAGGGACAACACAGCAGGUGACUUCAGCCAGUCUGCCUCCCCUCUGAGCUCUACCCUGUUGAUGCCCCUCAGACCCUCAGCCCCUCAGACCCUUAGUCCCUCAGCCCCUCAGACCCUUAGCCCCUCAGACCCUCAGACCCUUAGCCCCUUAGCCCCUCAGCCCCUCAGACCCUUAGCCCCUCAGCCCCUCAGACCCUUAGCCCCUCAGACCCUUAGCCCCUCAGCCCCUCAGCCCCUCAGACCCUUAGCCCCUCAGCCCCUCAGACCCUUAGCCCCUCAGCCCCUUAGCCCCUCAGCCCCUCAGACCCUCAGACCCUUAGCCCCUCAGACCCUUAGCCCCUCAGACCCUUAG